AAAAUGGAUUAAAAAUGGCCGACGCAAGAAAUCUAUCUUGUCUAUGAUUUCUGAUCUGUCUUUCUUUUGAUAAUUUGACACACGUGCCGCGUGGAGUUUUACUUCGCAGCACGAUGGUUGCCACAACACAGAAGAAGGCUGCGGCCGAGAAGAAGCCCGUGAAGGGCAAGGAGGACAGCAAGAAGCUGCCUGCUGUACCUGAGUCCGUGCUGAAGCACCGUAAGAGGAGGGACGCUCUCCGCGCUAGACGUGUACAGGUCACGAUCAAGAGGCGUUCAGCAGCCAUCAAGAAGAAGAAGGAUAUCUUCAAGAGGGCAGAACAGUAUGUUAAGGAAUACCGCAUCAGGGAGCGUGAUGAGAUCAGGCUAGCCAGACAGGCGCGCAACCGCGGCAACUACUACGUGCCCGGCGAAGCCAAGCUCGCCUUCGUCAUCCGUAUCCGCGGUAUCAACCAGGUUUCCCCCAAGGUCCGCAAAGUCCUGCAGCUGUUCAGACUGCGCCAGAUCAACAACGGCGUGUUCGUGCGCCUCAACAAGGCCACCGUCAACAUGAUGCGCAUCGCCGAGCCCUACAUCACCUGGGGAUACCCCAACCUCAAGAGUGUCCGAGAGCUGAUCUACAAGCGCGGGUUCGCCAAGAUCAACGGGCAGCGCGUGCCCAUCACCAGCAACAAGAUCAUCGAGGACAAGCUCGGCAAGAACAACAACAUCAUCUGCGUCGAGGACCUCAUCCACGAGAUCUUCACCGUCGGUGACAAGUUCAAGUACGCCAGCAACUUCCUGUGGCCCUUCAAGCUCAACAACCCGACCGGCGGCUGGCGCAAGAAGACCAUCCAUUACGUUGACGGAGGAGACUUCGGCAACCGGGAGGACAAGAUUAAUGAACUCUUGAGGAAAAUGGUCUAAAUAAAUACUUAUUCUAAGUA